CACAAUAUCCUUUAGAAUGUUUAAUAUUUAAUUUGGUAAGAUGCUCAGAUAGUGGGGUGGCAAAUGCAGAGGGCGAUGACAGAGAGCACCGUGCGAGGGGUGCUUUAUGUCAGCCACGGGACCUUAAUGGGUGGCCAAAACACAGAGGCACAGAAGGCUCCUUGUUUGCAGAACCGUCGAUUUUGUGCACAGCUACCUGGUCUGCCUACACACCAUGCAUGUUCUGAAUGCCAUUUAAUUCAUAUGCGUUCUUGUUAAAAACACACCAUCAACAUUGUACAGAAGAGACUCCUAGCGACUGGGCUAGUUAGAAGGGAAAGAACCAGCGGCACAUCUUAAAUGCUGGAGACCUGUCACUGACGUACUCCCUGCCAUUUGUGUACUGCAAGCACCUCACCUAAAGCCAACGGGAUGAUUUUCAUGAACUGAAACAGUCUUUCUACAGAGCUAAGUUUAAUUCAGAGGGGCAUCUUCAGCUAAACUGCUUUAAAGUCAGGGCUCAAAAAAUAUGUAACCAAUAUUUUAUUUAUGGAGAAAUACUUCAUUUCAUACUGUGAGUUGACCAGUUAUUUCUACAACAGCUAGAAGUCAGCUAGCAAGAUUCUUCCCUCUUCAGUUUUGUCAUGAGGACUUAAGUACACAUGUGGUCACCCAAGGAACAAAAAGGAUUUUAUGUAAACAGAGCAGCAUGGCUGUGGCUGUGACCCAGUCCUCUAAUAGCCAGGCCUGCGUUCCAGAGAGCCCGGCCAGGCACAGAUGGCUAUUUUGAGGUACCCAUUUGGGCUUCAGGGAGCCAGCAGCCUAGGUGAUUUUCUAAGAAGCGUUCACUGAUGCUUCAGUCAUCUGAGAGGGUCUGCUGGAAGAUCCACUAAGAGACAGCUGGGUUUGUGGUGCGGGCUUGGAGAAAGUUUCCAAAGUGUAUUUUCAGAAGAGCCUUUUGUGCACUCAGGGCAAUUUCAGCAGGGAACUCCAGAUCUGAACCCACCGUUGGUUCAAGUUUUGCUUGAAUCUAUAGAGUGGGCUUAAUUGUUUGCUCUUGCUCACACUUUGGAAAGUGUGUUAUCACUGCUGUGGGACAAGGGUUGGCAACCUCUUACAGAUACCAUGCCAGAGUGUAUUUUUCUUUUCCAAAUUAGCAGCUAGGUGUGCCAAUGCCGGGUUUUGCUGCCUCUCCAAGAGGCAAGAUGCCAUCCAUCUGUGGUAUUUUUCAUCUGUGAGGCGCUCGGCUCCUGCUGAAUGCAUCACUCAAGAAAUGGGAGACAGAAACUGGGAGCUGCUGCCUCUUACUUGUGCCUCUCCAGAUCCUGCUGAUCCCAGCUCCUGCCUCAAGCAUGCCGUUCAGAACCUAUCCAAAUCGAGUGCAGACUCGGCGCUCAGGGCAGAGCCUUUUGCUUAUUGCUUCCAUCCCACACAAGGGGUCUUCAGGUCGCUUUAGGAUCACUUUUCUACAUAACUUAUACCUCCUGUCUCCCGUCUUUCCUAGGCUUCCCUGUCCUCUAGGUGCCAGUGAGAUUCUUGUCCUUCUACAGACUGCUGUGCUCCGUGGGAGGCUUCCCGAAGCAUCUUGUGUGACCUUGGAGGAGAAUGGGAGUGUCAGUGAUGGAAGGUGCAGCGAUGCCAGUUCACUUCGCAUGGACCUCUCCAAUCUUGUGACCUGGGCACACACUCACGGGACCAUAUGCAAUCAAAUCCCAGCCUUGGAAAUUGUGCAGAACACGGGUCAUCCUAGCAAGGACAAUUCUGUUCUCUGGAUAUGUGGGGUUGGACAUGCAUAUCACUGGCAAUGUGGAAAGUUAUACAUCAGAAGCAAAGAAGAGAAUGAAGCAGUGGAAAAGAGAAAGAGGUUAGUAUCUUCUGAGGCUUCAUCAAGGGAAGCUAAUUCAGAUGAAAAGAGGUUCAGGAGGACCUCAUCUUUUGAGAGGGCUAAAGCAGAUGCUGUCAGCACAGGGUCACGUAGCAGAUCUCCAGGGGUCACUCAGCAGAAAGAUGACACAGUCUACAUAAUACAUAAUGAACCAUCACCCAGAGAAAAGAAAAAAAAUAGCAAAUCCAUGAAAUCGUGCUUUGCAGCAGAGCAGCACUUGUCAGUAUCUGGUGGUGGAGUCAAAACUGACAGACAGAAGGUGAAACUAGAAAACAACGAAGAUCUGCAAAUCAUCUCUGAUGAAGAACAGUAUAUAUCAGAUGAAGACAACCAAGGAGACAGAAUCAACCAGAUUCUGCCAGAAUCACCAACUAAAGGUGGAACUGCUGAGGUAGAUGUGCAAAUGCAUCACAAUCAGAAGAUAGCAUUUAGCAAGCCAACAGCCACCCAAACAUCUGGCUUUGCCCCUGCAGGAAAGCCACCCCUAACUCUUGCCUGCAUUCUGAAAUCCCCCAUCAGCAAUCAAGAGGGCCUGGACAGCAGGUUCUUGAGGAUAGGUCCUCUUAAUCCUGCAGAGUCCGUAACUGAAACUUCUAAAGCAAGAAUUUCCUCUGGGUCAGCAAUACCGAAAGAACAUUUAAAAUCUGACCCUGUCUCCAGCAGUGAAGCAAAGGCCCAACUUGAGUCACCCGCCUCUGUGACAUUCUUUGAGUUUGAAGCCACUGUAGAUGUGCAGCAGCAGCUCCAGCUGAGCCCUCCUGAGUGUGGCACACCAGGAACAGGCUUUAGUGGGAACGUUUCUGAAAAUCCUAUCGAAGAGAGUGAACCGUCGGGAUCUGGGCAUGCACUCCAUCUUUCAGCCUCACUGAGCCCAGAGAACAAGAACACGGACCAUUCACCUGCAUCUUCAAACAAAAAUGUGUUGAAGAAGUUGGAGAAAAAGAGAAACCGUAACACUGGUGAUAUAAAAAUUUUCAAAGACUGGCUGGUUUUACAUUGCCCUUCUGAAACGCGUGAGAUUUAUAAGCUGCCACCCGAAGACCUCGAUAAUUACCUAGCCUCAUUCUACAGUUCUGCAAAGAGACAGAACGGCACUGAUUUUUCUGCCAGUUCUUUGCACUUCUUUCAGAGCAGCAUCGAGAGACACCUUAAAGAUCACAACUAUGAGUACAGCGUGGUUAGAGGGUUGGAAUUCCGAGCGUCUCAGGAAGCCUUGAAACUAAAGCAUCAGCACCUAUCUCAGAAAGAGAGAGAGGGAGAGUGGAGUAUUUUGGAGAACCUGACAGAUGAAGAUGUGGAAGGUCUUCAUAAGAAGGGAGUUCUAAGUAAGGCACACCCUCAGGGCUUUCUGCACCUCAUGUUCACAAAUAUCAUUAGGGGGUUUGGGGCAAGCACACACAGUCGGAGCCACAAUCUGUACUGGGGACAGCUUGUACUGAGGAAGAAUGAGGGGGAGCUGGAGUACUUGGAGUGGAAGGAUGAUCUGAGUGCAGAGGGAAAUGCAGGGGAACCGCGGCCACAUCUCUUCGCCAGGCCUGACAACCCAGGCAACUGCCCAGUCACGGAUUAUAAGGAGUAUGCUAAGAGGAGGCCACUGGAUAUGCUCCAUGACUACGAUCCACUUUAUCUCGCUCCCAAGCCUCUCUGCUCCAUAUGGGACCAAGUAUGGUACUGUAGGAAGUCACUGACAAAAGCCAAAAUAGAAAAAAUCUUGAAAGUUAUUAUCCAGCAAGUCAAAGGACCUGCGAAGAAGUCCAAGAAAUAAAGGUAUCCAUUUAGUUUCUGCUGUGCCAGUUUUUGAAGUAUGUGUUUCCAAGUAGUCUUUGACAGGUUUAAGUGGCAGUAUUUAGUAGGGGUUGAGGAGAACAUCCUUCUCUUCAGUUUCACCUUAGAACAUCAAAAUCCACAUAUUUGCAUCACCUCAGCUUUCAGGUGAAGUGAAAAACUUCUAUUGUUCUUUCUAUUAAUGGAAUUGAUAGUUCAGUAAGUUAAAUAAAUAUGGGAAUCUUAGGUUUCACAUUUGUAAAACAAGUUAAUAUUCUACUGUAUUAUUAAUGGCAGGAUGAAGUAGCUAAUGUUAACGUGGAGGGGGCUCGGUAGCUGAGUAACUUGGCAAGGAGUUUAAGCUGCGCUCCCAUUGAGGGAGCUGACACUUGUAAACAGCGUUUGGUCUAUAGCGUAAGGCUAUCAUGAAAGGAAGAGUAAUAAGAGCUAGUUCUGGGGUGGCAGGAGAACCGCAAGAUGCCACGUUUGCCAGCUGCUAAUCCAGAUCCAACAGGAAUGCUUUCAGCAAGGUUUACGUCUUUGUCUUAGUGAAAGAUUUGUAGAUUGAAGAAGUUGUGAUUGUGUUUUAAAAAGUUAUUUUAAAUGGCUGACAGCGUUGAAAGGUUUUAUGGUGAGUGUUUUCCCCAGAGUGCUAAAUAUAGCUACAUAAAUACACUUUGGUAGAUAGACAUAGUCAACUUUUUUCAGCUGUUCAAGUACUGUUCAGUCAAUAUAUUGUCUUACAGGCCAGUGGAGUCGUCGGGUUGAAUUGUUGACAUAACCUAAUAAAA